UGGCCGCGUGCACUACAAAAGGCCAAACCAAGGAGCAUUGGAGCAACCCACACAUCAUUACACAUACACACACCGUCUCCGUCUCCCCAACGACCCUAAAAAAAGCAGCCAAUCCCCACCGCCCAGCGCGUGCUCUCGCUUUCCGACGCGCGUACGGACGGACGGACACUCCACGCGGGCGUCGCGUCGCGUCGAACACCUCGCCGGCGAUGAAGCCCCCCGGCCGCCGCGGCCUCCUCUUCGCCGGCGCGUGCGCGCUGCUGCUCGCGGCGUUCUACCUGGUGGCCGCGCUCGUGAUGACGCCGCUGGCGCCGUACCUGCUCCCGCCGCUGGCCCUGUCGCUGCCGUGCCUGCCGGCGGUCGCGGCGCCCUCCGGGUCCGGGUACGGCGCGCCUGGCGUGGCCGCGCUGGCGGACGCCGCCGUGGCGUACGCCACCAUGGAGACCGUGCCGCAGCAGUCGCGGGACGAGAUCUCGCUGUCGCUCGCCGUGCUCCGCCGCCGCGCGCCGCUGCGGCUGCUGGUGUUCGGCCUGGGCCGCGACUCCACGCUCUGGCACGCGCUCAACCCCGGCGGCGCCACCGUCUUCCUCGAGGAGGACCCCGCGUGGUACCGCGUCGUGCGCGCGCAGUCGCCGUUCCUCCGCGCGCACCUCGUCGCCUACCGCACGCGCCUCGACCAAGCCGACCGCCUCCUUGCCACCUACAAGGACUACCCGGCCUGCCUCCCCGGCUCCGGCGGCGGCGGCGGCGGCAACGGCACCCUGCGCGUGCGCGGCAACUGGGCGUGCCCGCUGGCGCUGCACAACCUGCCACCCGAGGUGUACGAGACCGAGUGGGACAUGUUCAUGAUCGACGCGCCCAAGGGGUACUUCGCGGCGGCGCCGGGGAGGAUGGCGGCGAUAUGGACCGCGGCGGCCCUGGCGCGCGCGCGCCGCGGCGAGGGGGACACCGACGUGUUCCUGCACGACGUGGACCGGAGGGUGGAGAAGACGUUCGCGGAGGAGUUCCUCUGCGACAAGUACCGGGUGGGUGGGACCGGCCGGCUGUGGCACUUCAGGAUCCCGCCGGUUUCACGGCGCGGGGAUGCGACGGCGGCCGCCGGUGGCCCGAGACCGUUCUGUUAACUGGUACGUUCUGAUGUGGUGUUUCUGCAAAAAUGGCCCCUGUUUGGAUGGGGGUAAAAUAGGAAAACCGGAUGGGUAUACCCGGUACUCUGCCCUGCAGUUCAAAUUGGCAGUGUUCAAAUGGAUGUUUCGAUCAAGAGCGGGGGAUCGGAAUCCCGAGAAUUAGCAGUCAUGACAUUAUUGACAUGGAGCAUCUCUUUUUUGUAAUGUACUACUCAUAAGUGAUAUCACAUUUUCAAUGUUGAUUAGUACACUUUUUAUGGAAUGGAUGAAUACACAUCAGCUCUAACGAGUUCA